AUGCUGCGCGUGCUGCGGUCACGGAGGCGGUGGCUGCGGAGGAAGGGGGUCCUGGUCGGCGUGGUCCUGCGCUACGGCAUCCACGUCCCCAGCGACGUCAACAACGUGACGCUGAGCUGCCAGGUGCAGAGCAGCCCCGCCACGCUGCUGGUGAACGUCAGCGGCAAGUACUACGAGUACACCCUGAAGGGGGAAAUCAGUGCCCAGGAGCUCAACAACGUCCAGGAUAACGAAAUGCUGAGGAAGGUGACUUUUGAUCCUGAGGUGUUUUUCAACAUUUUGCUUCCUCCGAUUAUAUUUUACGCAGGCUACAGCUUAAAAAGGAGGCAUUUCUUCAGGAACUUGGGAUCGAUCCUGGCGUACGCUUUUCUUGGCACUGCCAUCUCCUGCCUGGCGAUCGGCUCCAUCAUGUACGGCUGCGUUGCCUUGAUGAAAGUCACGGGGCAGCUCGGCGGAGACUUCUACUUUACUGACUGCCUCCUGUUUGGCGCUAUCGUAUCAGCUACUGACCCAGUGACUGUUCUUGCCAUAUUCCAUGAGCUCCAGGUUGAUGUUGAGCUGUAUGCCCUUCUCUUUGGCGAAAGCGUCCUCAAUGAUGCCGUUGCCAUAGUGCUGUCUUCGUCGAUUGUUGCAUACCAGCCAGCGGGUGACAACAGCCACACGUUUGAUGUCACGGCGAUGUUCAAGUCUAUUGGGAUCUUCCUGGGGAUUUUCAGUGGAUCUUUUGCAAUGGGGGCAGCUACUGGAGUUGUGACAGCAUUAGUCACCAAGUUCACCAAACUCCGGGAGUUCCCGUUGCUGGAGACGGGCUUGUUCUUCUUGAUGUCCUGGAGCACGUUCCUGCUGGCCGAAGCGUGUGGCUUCACAGGUGUGGUGGCUGUGCUCUUCUGCGGGAUCACGCAGGCCCAUUACACGUAUAACAACUUAUCCACUGAGUCCCAACACAGAACGAAGCAGUUGUUCGAGCUUCUGAAUUUCUUGGCGGAAAACUUCAUCUUCUCCUACAUGGGACUUGCCCUGUUCACCUUCCAGAACCACGUCUUUAACCCUACCUUCGUCGUGGGCGCUUUCCUUGCUAUCUUCCUAGGAAGAGCUGCCAAUAUUUACCCAUUGUCAUUUUUACUGAAUCUGGGGAGAAGAAAUAAGAUUGGAACAAAUUUGCAGCAUAUGAUGAUGUUUGCCGGGCUGCGAGGAGCCAUGGCGUUCGCCUUGGCCAUCCGCGACACGGCCACCUACGCCCGGCAGAUGAUGUUCAGCACCACGCUCCUCAUCGUCUUCUUCACGGUGUGGGUUUUCGGCGGGGGCACCACGGCCAUGCUGUCGUGCCUCAAUAUCCGAGUUGGUGUGGACGCAGACCAGGAAAACGUGGGCGUCCCGGAAAGCGAGAGGAGGAGUACGAAGGCAGAAAGCGCCUGGCUCUUCCGCAUGUGGUACAACUUCGACCACAACUACCUGAAGCCUCUGCUGACGCACAGCGGUCCCCCGCUCACGACCACGCUCCCGGCGUGCUGCGGGCCUGUCGCCCGGUGCCUGACAAGUCCACAGGCGUACGAAAAUCAGGAGCAGCUGAAGGAUGACGACUCCGACCUCAUUUUGAACGACGGGGACAUCAGCCUGACGUACGGGGAUUCCACCGUGAACACCGAUUCGGUCGCGUCCAGUGGCGCCUCGCGGCGGUUUGUAGGAAACAGCGCCGAGGAUGCGCUGGAUCGGGAGCUUGCUUUUGGGGACCACGAACUCGUAAUCCGGGGAACGCGCUUGGUUCUUCCCAUGGAUGACUCGGAGCCGCCAUCAAACGUCCUGGAUAACGCAAGACACGGUCCGGCAUAAGGUUGCUCGGUUGAUUGACAGUAAUAUUUGCAUAUAUGAUCAAGAAAUAUGUACUACCUAAAGUCUAAUGCAUGUCUCAAAAUGUCUAAGCUGUAUAAAUAUUAUUUAUAUGGUGUCAGAAGAAUAUAAAUAUUCUCUGCCAAGCACUUGUAAAGAACAAGCUGCAAAUUUAAGUUCAAAACUGUGUUGACUGCACUGCGUAGGGUGGAACUGUUUUAGCGUAAGAAUCUGUUGCACACAGUGAGCUUCUUCUAAAGUGCGAUUCACUGAAGGGUUUAGGUUGCAGCUGGGUCAGUAAAGGAGCUGACUCCCUGUUCCUCCUCCGCACCUGGGAGAGCGGGGUAGGGAAGUGGUGGCGAACAAAGUAAAUUGCUUUCUAUUCAGGUGGGGAGUUUUGUCUCUGAUCUUUGGAUAAUCACAUCAAAAUGUCAGUGAAACGUCUGCCUACGCACUGUCUCGCUGGGCAGUGGCCAGCAAUAACCUUCGCUGCUUCGCGGGAGCCUGAGCGGGGAUCCUCAUCCCUGCGGAGGGAUGUGAGGGCGCAGGGAAGGAGAGUUUCUUAUUUUAAGUGACCUGUCUGCCCUGGCCACGGCACUGCUUUAGCAAGCUAACGACAGACGUCGGCCAAAGCUCUUUGCAACGAUUCUGGGUGUCCGGCUGUUUGGAUCGGAGCCCAAAGAAAGGGGCGGGCAGGCGGGCAGGAGGCUCUGUUUGUGCUUAGCAGAAAGAGGCGAUGCCGCGUGAGCUACGCAGGCUGUGCACAGAUUUUUAGGGUUGAGUCUGUCUCUGGGUUGUCACUCAAGCAGCUCUCUGGAAGCAGCAAUCAAAUCCCGAAUCGGCAACGAAAUUUCACGUUUGGGAAGCGGCCACGUCUCGGCGCGAGUGAAUCCCUUCCGCUUAAGUCAGGGAAGGGGCUGACGGCGCCGGGCCGAGCCCAGGCAGCCCGCGCCGGGCCGACCUGCAGCGCCAGCGCUAGGGCUCCGCGUUGACCCCUUUCCUCCAGGCUCCUCCAGAAGGGUUUAGCAGCGAGGUGGUACCGAAGGGGAGAGUUGGCUGCCCGUCCCCCCUGUAUAGUCCGAGUCGUUGCACUUUGUUUAAUAACUCCUUAGCGUUAUUCGCAUGCCGCGUGUCCGUAAUCCUGCUCUCUCUCAUGUCCCUUACCGUUUACUGAGAAACGUUUGCGAGUUGAUGUGUUUUGGGGUUUUUUGUUUGUUUGUUUUUGCUGUUUUCCCAAGGAAGAGCACAGAAUAAUUUGCAGUUUCGCACUGGUGUUACAGGAUUUGCUCUGCAGUUACGGAAACGGCUAAAGGCGCAGUGAAAUUGUUAGCCCUGACGUCUUCCCUCCCCCCGAGAGGGGGAAGGGACAGACCUUUGCUGUACGCAAUUUCGUUGCCUGUUUUAGCCACCGUUUUGCUAUACAAAACUUUGUCAGGGUUGCGGGAGCGCUGCAAGCUCUGGGUUAAAAGGAGACCGCGCGUAAGAGGAGCGAGCUGAGGCCGAGCGCUCCCGGCUCCCCGCAGAGCAAACGCGGCAUCCCUCGGGAUCGGAGCAGCUUCCCUCCGGCUCGUCCCCAGCGCUACCUGAGAGCGGGACGAGACACGAAAUACUGAAAUUUUGCACGUGUAUCUAUACAAUUGGGAAGCUAAAUUUAAACUUUUUUUUUUUUUCAUUUUCUCAGGUCUAAGUAACAUUGCCUUAAAUUUACUGAAGUGAAACUAAUUAUUUUGGCAGUUUAUCCCCAAGAAAGUGUUUUCUUUUUCCUUCUGAACAAACUGCGUGGCUGCUGCCGUGGGACUCCUGGCGAAGGGGGUACGCUCUGUUUGUGUUCAGGCUUAGACUCUUCCUUGCACCGAUAAAUGGCAGUUCUAGCUGUUAACGUAGCUGUUGGAUUAGCGCUAGCCUCUCUGUUUCCUGCUAUGCAGGAUUUCCAUAAAGUGUGCGUUUUAUAUGAUGUCUGUAACUUAAUGUGUUUAAAAAAGAAAAAAAAAAGAAAAAAAAAAAGUUGGUACAUGUUGACUUUAGGUUUACUUGCCUCACUUCUACAUUGCUUUUAUUUUUCAGUUUUGCGGUUUUGAAGAGGUAUGAUAGAUAACUACCUCUUGUUUUUUUUCCUGUAUAGUCUUGACUAUGAAUUCAAUUUACGAAAAUUCCCGCUGGUACAGCCGGGCGCGCGGAGCAAGGCGCCUGCGGGCUGCUGCUCCCGCUGCCGGCGCCCGGCGCCCCGCCGACUGCAGAGCCUCCCGCUGCUGCAACGGGCCUCGA